GGCUUGGAUAACGAGAAGUGGAGGGUCUGGUCGAGAGUGGAGCCAAGUCACUUGAACAAACGCUUCAUAGGGAAAAAGGGAUUAUCUAUUACAAAACCCAACCAUAAUACUGAGAUUUCAGUUUUCAGCUCUUCAAGAUUCAUCGCUUUUUCAAGUCCAAGGGAGAUGAUUGAAGAAGUUCCUUGAAUAUGGCGUUCAUUUGAGAGUUCUGGUUCUGAUAUUCAAUGCCAAAAAGAGAGCGAUUCUUGUGAAGAAGUGGGAUUUUACUGAGUUUCUUUCAUCCAAUGGCGACUCUGCUCAAUACAGUUUCUCCAAUUACAAACACGUCACCAGAAACCACAAGAAGAGGAUGUGGGUUCUUUUCCCAUAUCCCAAAUCUCCAGAAGCUCUCUCUUAACAAGGGAUUUUCUAAAGUUUUAGCAUCAACUCAGAUUACCAUUUCUCCGAAGGACACCAUUUUCACACUUCCAAAUUGGAAGACUGGGAAGGUUGAACAAAAGAGUAAAGAACUUAGACUUACUGAUGCUUUUUUUCACUUAGAGUUCAUGGUUGAGAAGGGGCAAAAGCCUGAUGUAUUUCAAGCAACUCAGUUAUUGUAUGAUCUCUGUAAGGCAUGUAAGAUGAGAAAAGCUAUUAAGGUAAUGGAGAUGAUGAUUGGGUCUGGGAUCAUUCCAGAUGCGUCAUCUUAUACCUUUUUGGUUAGUUCUUUGUGUAGAAAAGGGAAUGUUGGUUAUGCAAUGCAACUAGUGGACAAAAUGGAGGAAUAUGGUUAUCCUACUAACACUGUUACUUAUAAUUCACUUGUGAGAGGGCUUUGUAUGCAUGGAAACUUGACUCAGAGCUUGCAACUUUUAGAUAGAUUAAUCCAGAAGGGGCUGGUUCCUAAUGCUUAUACAUACUCUUUUUUGCUUGAAGCUGCAUACAAGGAAAGAGGAGCUGAUGAAGCAAGUAAGCUUUUGGAUGAGAUAAUUGCAAAGGGUGGGGAACCUAAUUUGGUUAGCUACAAUGUUUUGUUGACUGGGUUGUGCAAAGAAGGUAGGACAGAGGAUGCCAUUCGGUUAUUUAGGGAAUUGCCUUCUAAGGGAUUCAGUCCAAAUGUUGUCAGUUACAAUAUCUUGCUAAGGAGUUUGUGCAAUGAAGGGAGGUGGGAAGAGGCAAAUGUGCUUCUAGCUGAAAUGAAUGGCGAUGAACGAUCCCCUUCAACUGUCACUUACAAUAUAUUGAUUGGUUCACUUGCUCUUCAUGGCAGAACAGAACAUGCUCUUGAGGUUUUGGAAGAGAUGAUUAGGGCACGAUUCAAGCCAACAGCUUCUAGCUACAAUCCGAUAAUUGCUCAUCUUUGCAAAGAUGGGAAACUAGAUCUUGUUGUAAAGUGUCUGGACCAAAUGAUGUAUAGGCAUUGCAAUCCGAAUGAAGGAACAUACAAUGCCAUUGCUACACUUUGUGAAGAGGGUAUGGUUCAAGAAGCAUUCUCCAUUAUACAGAGUUUGGGAAACAAGCAACAUUCCUCUACUCAAGAAUUUUAUAAAAUUGUUAUUACCAGCCUGUGUCGUAAAGGAAACACAUAUCCAGCAUUCCAGCUUCUCUAUGAAAUGACAAAGUAUGGGUUUACACCCGAUUCUUUUACCUAUUCGUCUUUGAUCCGAGGGUUAUGCAUGGAGGGUAUGUUGAAUGAAGCAAUUGAAAUAUUCAGUGUAAUGGAGGAAAAUAACAAGCCUGAUACUGAGAAUUACAAUUCACUCAUUCUUGGUUGCUGCAAAUCUCGAAGAACCGAUUUGGCCUUGGACGUUUUCGAAAUAAUGGUUGAUAAGGGUUAUCUGCCCAAUGAAACGACAUACACCAUUCUUGUAGAAGGUAUCAUCCAUGAAAAAGAGAUGGAUCUAGCAACCAAAGUACUGAGAGAGCUGCAACUGAGGGAUGUUAUAAGUCAAAGAACAUUGGAAAGACUUGUAAUGCAGUAUGACCUAAAUGAGUUGCCACUGUGAUAAUUUCAGUUGACUUGCUACCAGCAAUUGGAAACCUGGCAGACAGUUCAUCUUGAAGAUCAAGUAAUUGCUAUUAUGACGAAAAGAAAAAAUUUAAAAAGAAAAGGGUACUUCCACGUAUUUUGUUUGAUCUUAUUACUUUGUCUGACAACUGAAAGCUUGUGAAUCUGACAAGAGGGUGCUGUGUUUUUAGUUGCAUUAUUUACAACUGAGUACAUGUUUUUAGUUCACUAGGCUUCUUAUAUGUACAUAAAAUUACUCCAUCCAGUUCCUUAUUGAGUUUUUUUGCCCAUCUGUGGCCAAUUUCAUUCUUACAAAAGUUUUGGUAGUUGAAAGGAAACCUUAUGAUGCCAA